AUGAACGAGUACGAUUUUGUUUACACCAAGCUUCGUAAGGAAUUCGGGAAGUAUUGCGCCUUCGGUGAUACUGAUCCGAAAGUGUUAGGAAAUGUGGAGGCAAAAUCAGAGGCUAUGGGGAAUUUCAGGUAUAAGAAUCCGUGCACGCUGACGUUUGAUAAUAGGCAGGUGAUGUCCGAACAUUCAGCCAACACUGAUACAGUGAAGACUGGCAAUAAAGGACAGGUUCAUGUGGAGGGCGGUUGGCCUAAGGAAGUAGACUGCAGUGAAGCACAGGAUACCGCAAAGUGGAGGAAGAGGCUGGACAAAGACCCCCAGUUUGGUGCUGCGAUGAGAUCUCUAUGUGGGGAGGCGGAGCAAUGCAUUUCCCAGAACUGUACGAUUGAUCUUUUUGAGGACUACUUCGCGGGGGAGGAGGUGCAACAUCAGAUGCAGAAAAUGUCGGCCAGUACUGUUGCAGUUUUCCGGGAUCAAAGUAGGUAUGGUAGGUCGGUGUCGAAAAUAUCUUGGCACCCGGAUGGAGGUCACAGGUUUGUGGCGAGCUAUUCAGUUAUGCAAUUCCAAAAACUGGAAGACCCUCUUGAAAGAUCAUCGUAUAUUUGGGAAGUUGAGAACCCCAACUAUCCUGUUAGUGAGCUGCUGCCUCCAUCGCCGCUCAUUUGCACUCAGUAUCAAACGAGAAACCCAGACACGCUGGCUGGCGGGGCGUAUGAUGGUUUGGUCUUUUUCUUCGAUGUUCGACAGGGAUCGAAGCCUGUUGGGAAGUCCUCAUUCGAACAGUCACAUCAUGACCCGGUCUAUGACUUGGUUUGGCUGCAGUCGAAGACCAACAGCGAGUGCGCUACUACUUCUACCGAUGGUAGAGUCUUAUGGUGGGACACACGUAAUCUAUUGGAACCCAUCGAUGAGAUCAUUCUCACUGAUGGGAAUCGGGAGAACCCCAAACAACUGGGUGGAUGCUGUUUGGAAUGGCAACAGGAAGCUGGACCGACUAAGUACUUGGUUGGCACUGAACAAGGCGCGUGCAUCGCACUGAAUAAGAAACCGAAGAAACCAGUGGAAAUCGGGACAUGGUUUGGUAUUGAGGAAAAAGGAGGUCACUCGAAGCAUGCCGGGCCGGUGUAUUCACUACAUCGCAAUCCUCAACAUGUCAAGUACUUCAUGACGGUUGGCGACUGGAGUGUGAAAAUAUGGCUAGAGGAGUUGAAAGCACCGCUAAUGCAAACGAAGCCUUCACCGUCUUUCUUGACAACUGGGGGUUGGAGUCCUACGAGAGCUGGGCUGUUUAUAGCUGGCCGUUACGAUGGGUAUGUCGACUUCUGGGACUACUACUACCGGAUGAAUGAAGUGUGCUUUUCUCACCGAGUGAGUAAGGCGCCGGUCUCUACUACAGCCUUCCAAUCCAAUGGAGGCCUUCUGGCGGUCGGCGAUGCUGAUGGGACGGUGUCGCUACUCCAGCUGUGUGAUGAACUGGUCCAUCCUGUGCCCAAUGAGAAGAAUGCCGUUGCGAUGAUAUUCGAACGCGAGAUGAGGCGAGAGAAAAACCUAGAAGCCAUCAAGAAGGCCCAGGCGGGCAAAACUUCCAGGCCCGAUGAUGAUGACCAUGACCAUCAUGCAGUCGAGGAAACAGAUGCUGCUGACGAGGCUCCUGCUCAGAUUGAUCAAGAGGAGUAUAUGAACAGGGAGAAGGCUUGGCUUGAGGAAGUUGGAGUGAAGGCUGAUACGAUGACGAUGGGAGAUAAGUAG